CGCACUGUGUUUUAGAGAGAGAAACCCAAAAUAAGGAAAGAUUUCUGGAGAGAGAAAGCUAGUGGGAGUUCGGAUCGAAGAACAGAAAGCACGAGAGAGAGUUCCCUCCUCCUUCUUCUUCGUCUCUCCCAAACCCUAAUUUCCCCAAUUUAUGUUUUCGCUUGUCUUAUCAAUUUUUCUUUCCACACUCAUUUCUGCUUAAUUUUAUCCGGUUUCGAAUCUUUCUUCAUCCUUUUGGGGGUAUUGUUUAUUGUUCUCAAAUUCGGAUCUGUGUGAAAUUCCGCGGUUUUAAUUUAAUUUUGCUACUGUCUUCAUUUCUGUUCGUUAUAUACUUUGGGUCUGGGCGUUUGUUCUUCGACUCUAGGGUUCUUUAAACCCUAGAUCUUUUUUUCGAUUUUGCUUAUUCUAGGGUUCUUGAGUCUCGAUUUGGGCGAAAGGGUUUUUUAUUAAGGAAUUGGGGAUUACAUGUAUGGCUUCAGGGACUUUAGGGGAUUUCAAUGAUGAUUUGAAUUGGAGAGGGAAGUGUCGAUGGACAGAGAACAGUAAAGUUUAUACGCGGAAGAGCCACAAGAAAGCCCAGAAAACCUCUACCUCCCAGCAGGCCACAGUCCCUUGUUCGACAGCCACACCCAAUGGGACUGCAGAUUCUUAUGCUUCUGAGGUAGUUGUAAGGUCCGAGGAUGUCGAUUCUUGCCAAAAUCAAUCCGAGCAUUCUCCCGAGCAAGAACAGAGCCGAUCAUUGGACAAAAAGACAGAUUCUUCAAGUCAACACAUGCCAUCAGUAGCGGAGAAUAGUUGUCACACUGUUGAUAAACUUAAAGAAGGCCGACGUAGUCAAAGUGCAGAGCUUCCGGAUCAAGAUGGUUUGCCACUGCCCGAGAACAAUGAGGCCAAAUUUUUUGAUAAAACACCUUCAGCUGAUGGUGAGAAGGAGUUAGUGCAAAGAAGUGAGCCAUCACUGUUAAGAGAAAAUGAUCAUCCUAAUGGCGGAGAGGUUUCUGCACAACUGCAGCCUAAUGACGGUGCAGUGCCCGGUUCUUUUCAUGUUCCGCAAGCCAAUGGCCUGAUUAUGAUUAUGGUCAAUGGAGCUGUGGAAUUACCUGAAGUGGCCAAAGAGCAGCAACUCGUUGGGAAUGUGGCACGGGAUGAUGAAGAAAUGAGGCCUGGGGAAGGUAAUGUUCGAGGUAAUCUCAAUGGAGUUGUGGUGCCACUGGUGGUAUCUAAUGUUGAUGAUAGGAUUAGAUUUAAUUUAUGUAAAGCGACACCAAAGAAUGAGAUAAAGGUUCUUAGGAAGAAUCUAGAGCACGAGCUUGAUCAGGUUAGGAGGCUAGUUAAACAGUUUGAAUCCAAAGAGAACCAGCUUGCUUUACAUAGUAACCAGACCAGCAACAGUAACCUUAGUAAUAAAGGUAAUUAUAUCGAUGCUGAAGGUGCAAAUGCUGGUGAAUAUGUUCAGUCUCAGGCCCUGCAUGCCCGAAGUAAUGUGGUUGACCGAAGGUUGUUAUUGAGGGUGAACACAGAGAUGGGUGCAAUGGGGCACAAAGAAACGAGACCUAUCGGAUUAGCAAGGGUCAAUUCAGAUAUGGGUGCUGCACGGAAUCUAGAACCUCGGGUGUAUAGUAGGCAAUUCAGUGUGGCAGUAAUAGAUAAUAGGUCCAAUGAGUUUAUUGAGAAGGAGAAACGUACCCCGAAGGCGAAUCAGUAUUACAGAAAUUCAGAGUUUCUUUUGGGAAAAGAUAGACUGCCUUCUGAAAGUAAUAAGAGGUUGAAAACAAAUAAUGGGAGGAAACACAGCGGAGAACAAGAACAUGCCAUGGGAUUUGGCUUUGGUUUUGAUAAGAACAGGAAUCAGGUUUUGAAGAACUGUAGCAGCUUACUUCAGCGGUUGAUGAAGCACAAGUUUAGUUGGGUUUUCAAUGAGCCAGUGAAUGCCAAGCAACUUGGAUUGGUUGAUUACCAUGUCGUCAUUAAGCAUCCUAUGGACCUGGGUACCAUUAAGACUAGAUUGUCACAGAAAUUUUACAAGUCUCCAAGGGAUUUUGCUGAGGAUGUACGACUAGUUUUUCGCAAUGCCAUGACUUACAAUCCGAAGGGGCAGGACGUUCACCUUAUGGCAGAACAGUUGUCACAGAUUUUUGAAGAAAGGUGGGCCAUUAUAGAUUCUCAGUACAGUUCUUAUUGGAAAUAUCCAGAAUAUCAGGAUGGGGGAUUACCCACACCCUCUUCUAGAAAGGGUGUGCCAUAUUCUCAUUUUGGCCCUGCUUCAGUUCCAGUCUCUGCGCCUGCUGCUUCAGUUCCUUUGUAUGAUUCUAUUGCUCCGGGAAGAACUUCUGAGAGGCCUGAGCCAGUGACAUCAUUCAUGGCUGUUGAUCGAAAAAUUCAUCGACCUCAUGUUGGCAGGACUCCUGUUCCCAAAAAACCUAAAGCAAAAGAUCCUAAUAAAAGGGACAUGACUUAUGAGGAGAAGCAAAGACUCAGCACCAACCUACAGGGCUUGCCUCAUGAGAAGCUUGAUGCUAUUAUUCAGAUCAUUAAGAAGAGAAAUACUGCUCUUUCUCAAAAUGAUGAUGAGAUUGAGGUUGAGAUUGAUAGUGUCGAUGCAGAGACUCUCUGGGAGCUGGACAGAUUUGUGACUAAUUACAAAAAGAGUUUGAGCAAAAAUAAAAGGAAAGCAGAACUCGCUCUUCAAGCAAGAACCAUGGGGAAUCAGAAUGCCUCAUUGGUGAACUCAACUCCAGCAUUGGCAGUCCAGAUGGAAAGUAGAACAGAUGAUGACAAAGAGGGUCAAAACAGGAGUAGGACCAGCAGUUCUAGCAGUUCUAGCAGUGAUUCUGGGUCGAGUUCAAGUGAUUCUGAUAGUGACAGUUCCUCCGGGGAUGGAUCCGAUGCUGAGCAUUUGCCUAAGACAUGAAAGAAUCUUUCUGACUGAGAAUCUGCAGGUGAUGUUUGUUGGACUAGGAGUACAAUUCUUGUGCACAGGGUUAUGCUGAUGGCAGCCCGGGAUCUGUGUUGAAAACUCGAAUGUAUUAUUAAAUGAUGAUAUCAACCGAUUUUCGACGGUAAGGAACUUGUGAUAGGAUUUUAGUUGAUAAUUUGACUAGAGCCAAGAUUGAAUAGGAGGUUUAGUAAGCUGUAUUAUGGUGUUUUUGCAAUUUGUAUUACAAUAGCUGUAUAUAGCUUUCAGGCUUAGGAGUGGUGUUAAAUUUUAUUUUAGGCCAAUGGUUUGGAUUUCAAGCUGGUUAAUAACAUUCGCUAGUCCACUUAUCCCUCAAUAAGCAAUCUUCUAAUUUACA